AUGAUGUUCGUGCUAUUGCUUCAGCCAUUUCUUGGGGAGGCAUUUCAACUCAGUCCUUCCUCCUCGAUUCAGCACCCUCCGACGACAGUAGGUCUCUUCUCGGCUACUGUUGGCACGAGGAAAGCCGAUGCUACUGUCACCACCACUGAUGAAGAACCACAAAUGUCGGCCGCUCCAUGGGAUGGGCAAUUUGAGGAACUCCUUGCGUUCAAAGAAGAAUAUGGACAAUUGCAACACUUGAGAAGGAAUACCCAAGAUUAG